ACCCUGAUGGAUACGAAGUGGGUGACGUCCGAGUUGGCGUGGACGGCUCAUCCAGAGACCGGGUGGGAGGAAGUCAGCGGUUACGAUGAGGCCAUGAACCCCAUCCGAACGUACCAGGUGUGCAAUGUGCGGGAGGCCAAUCAGAACAACUGGCUCCGUACUCAGUUCAUCCAGCGCCAGGACGUCCAGCGAGUCUACGUGGAGCUGAAAUUCACUGUACGGGACUGUAACAGCAUCCCCAACAUCCCGGGCUCCUGCAAAGAGACCUUCAAUCUCUUCUAUUACGAGUCGGAUACAGAUUCUGCCUCUGCCUCUAGCCCCUUCUGGAUGGAAAACCCCUACAUCAAAGUGGAUACAAUUGCCCCCGAUGAGAGUUUCUCCAAGCUGGAGUCUGGCCGCGUGAACACCAAGGUGCGCAGCUUUGGGCCUCUCUCCAAGAAUGGUUUUUACCUGGCCUUCCAGGACCUGGGCGCCUGCAUGUCCCUCAUCUCUGUCCGCGCUUUCUAUAAGAAAUGCUCCAACACCAUUGCUGGCUUUGCUGUUUUUCCGGAGACCUUAACUGGGGCUGAGCCCACUUCUCUGGUCAUUGCCCCAGGGAUCUGCAUCCCCAAUGCAGUGGAAGUGUCUGUGCCCCUGAAGCUGUACUGUAAUGGAGAUGGGGAGUGGAUGGUACCAGUUGGAGCCUGUACGUGCGCUGCUGGAUAUGAGCCUGCCAUGAAAGAUACCCAGUGCCAAGCCUGUGGUCCCGGGACCUUCAAGUCGAAGCAAGGGGAAGGUCUCUGCUCACCCUGCCCCCCCAACAGCCGGACAAGCUCUGGGGCAGCGAUGCUCUGUACCUGUCGGAUCGGCUACUUCCGGGCUGACGCAGACUCUGCAGACAGUGCUUGCACCAGCGUCCCAUCCUCUCCUCUCAACGUCAUCUCCAACGUGAACGAGACGUCGCUGGCGCUGGAGUGGAGCGAGCCCCGGGACUCGGGGGGCCGGGACGACCUGCUGUACAACAUCAUCUGCAAGAAGUGCACCGUGGAGCGCCGGGUGUGCACGCGCUGCGACGACAACGUGGAGUUCGUGCCCCGCCAGCUCGGCCUGACGGACCGGCACAUCUACAUCAGCAACCUGAUGGCACACACCCAGUACACCUUCGAGAUUCAGGCUGUGAACGGCGUGUCCAGCAAGAGCCCCCACUCCCCCCACUUCGCCUCCGUCAACAUCACCACCAACCAGGCAGCCCCCUCGGCCGUUCCCAGAAUUCAGCUGCACGGCACUACUGGCAGCAGCAUGAUGCUGUCAUGGACGCCCCCGGAGAGACCCAACGGGAUCAUCCUGGACUAUGAAAUCAAGUACUUUGAGAAGGGCCAGAGUGACGGCAUCGCGAACACCGUCACCAGCCAGCAGAACACGGUGCGGCUGGAUGGGCUGACGGCCAACUCCCUGUAUGUAGUGCAGGUUCGGGCCCGCACUGUGGCUGGCUAUGGCCAGUACAGCCUCCCCGUGGAGUUCCAGACACCUGCAGAAGACGGCUCCAGCGGGAAGAGCUUCCAGGAGUUGCCCCUGAUCGUGGGUUCGGCCACCGCAGGCCUGGUCUUUGUCAUCGCUGUGGUGGUGAUUGCUAUUGUCUGCUUCAGAAGGAGGGGAAAGCAGCGGAGCAGUACGGACUCGGAGUACACGGAGAAGCUGCAGCAGUACAGUCGGGGUGAGGGGUGUUGCUGGUACUGUGCCCUCACACUGGGCCUGACUUGCUCUGCUCUCGCAGUCACUCCCGGAAUGAAAGUUUACAUCGACCCCUUCACCUACGAGGACCCCAACGAGGCGGUCCGGGAGUUUGCCAAAGAGAUCGACAUCUCCUGCGUCAAGAUCGAGGAGGUGAUUGGAGCAGGGGAGUUCGGGGAGGUCUGCCGGGGCCGCCUGAAGUUGCCGGGCCGUCGGGAGAUCUUUGUGGCCAUCAAGACCCUGAAAGUGGGUUACACGGAGCGGCAGCGGCGGGACUUCCUGAGCGAGGCCAGCAUCAUGGGGCAAUUUGACCAUCCCAACAUCAUCCACCUGGAGGGCGUGGUGACCAAGAGCCGGCCGGUCAUGAUAGUCACGGAGUUCAUGGAGAACUGCGCCCUGGACUCCUUCCUCCGGCUGAAUGACGGGCAGUUCACGGUGAUCCAGCUGGUGGGGAUGCUGCGUGGCAUCGCGGCGGGCAUGAAGUACCUGGCGGAGAUGAACUACGUGCACCGGGACCUGGCCGCCCGCAACAUCCUCGUCAACAGCAACCUGGUGUGCAAGGUGUCGGACUUCGGGCUCUCGCGCUUCUUGGAGGACGACCCCGCGGACCCCACCUACACCAGCUCGCUGGGUGGUAAGAUCCCGAUCCGGUGGACGGCUCCGGAAGCCAUAGCCUACCGCAAGUUCACCUCGGCCAGCGACGUGUGGAGUUACGGGAUUGUCAUGUGGGAGGUGAUGUCCUAUGGGGAGCGGCCCUACUGGGACAUGUCCAACCAGGACGUGAUUAACGCGGUGGAGCAGGAUUACCGCCUGCCGCCGCCCAUGGACUGCCCCACGGCGCUGCACCAGCUCAUGCUGGACUGCUGGGUGCGUGACCGCAACCUACGGCCCAAGUUUGCACAGAUAGUGAAUACGCUGGACAAGCUCAUCCGGAACGCAGCCAGCCUGAAGGUCAUCGCCACCGUCCAGUCCGGCGUGUCCCAGCCACUCCUGGACCGCACCGUGCCGGAUUACACCACCUUCACCACCGUGGGCGACUGGCUCGACGCCAUCAAAAUGGGACGGUACAAGGAGAGCUUUGUCAACGCUGGAUUUGCAUCCUUCGACUUGGUGGCGCAGAUGACAGCAGAAGACCUGCUCAGGAUAGGGGUGACGCUCGCAGGACAUCAAAAGAAGAUCCUGAGCAGUAUUCAGGACAUGAGACUGCAAAUGAACCAGACACUCCCGGUUCAGGUUUGA